AUGCAAGCGCUUCGAGAAAAAUUUAAAACUGACAAAUCUAAAAAAGACAAAGAUAAAGAUAAAGACAAGGACAAAGAUAAAGAUAAAAAAUCAGUUCUUCAUAUAGGAAAAGAUAAGGAUGAUACAGAAACAGCUCAUCAACAACCAACAAGUAAUUCACAAUCAUUAGACAAGGUGAAAGCUUUUCUGGCAAAAGCCAAAGACGAAUUUCAAGUGAAAUAUGACAAACCUACUCAAAACACAGCAAAAACCGAUGAUUUUGAUCGAAUUCGAACACUUGGAACAGGUAAUGUAGUAAAAUUGAAACAAGUUGAACAUACUUUGAAUGAAAAACGAAUAUUACAAGCUAUUAGUUUUCCAUUUUUGGUCAAUUUAGAACAUCAUUUUAAAGACAAUUCUUAUUUGUAUAUGGUAUUAGAAUUUGUACCAGGAGGCGAGAUGUUUAGUCAUUUGCGAAAAGUUGGCCGCUUCAGUGAGCAACAUGCCCGAUUUUAUGCUGCUCAAAUCGUUUUAACAUUUGAAUAUCUUCACUAUUUGGAUAUCCUCUAUCGUGACUUGAAACCCGAAAAUUUACUUAUCGAUGCGGAAGGCUAUUUAAAGGUGACUGAUUUUGGUUUUGCCAAAAAGAUUAAAGGAAGAACAUGGACGUUGUGUGGUACUCCGGAAUAUCUUGCACCAGAAAUUAUUCUAUCUAAAGGAUACAACAAAGCUGUUGAUUGGUGGGCACUUGGAGUUCUUGCUUAUGAAAUGUCAGCGGGUUAUCCGCCAUUUUUUGCUGAUCAACCGAUUCAAAUCUAUGAAAAAAUUGUUUCUGGAAAAGUGAGAUUUCCAUCUCAUUUUAGUAGCGAUCUAAAAGAUAUUUUAAGAAAUUUAUUACAAGUUGAUUUAACAAAACGAUAUGGCAAUCUCAAAAAUGGAGUCGAUGAUAUUAAACAACAUAAAUGGUUUUCGACAACAGAUUGGAUAGCUAUUUAUCAGAGAAAAGUUGAACCUCCAUUUAUACCAAAAACCAAGGGACCGGGUGAUGCAAGUAAUUUUGAUGAUUAUGAAGAAGAGCCUUUACGUAUUGCGACAACGGAAAAGUUUUCAAAAGAAUUUGAAGAAUUUUAA